AGCGUCAAAAAGCGGCGUAAAGUUACAGUAGAUCUAGAGGUUUUGUAACCCCGCCCCUUUACGUCAGUUCCGCUUUGAAAGACAUUGAGAGGCAGCGCGUAGGAAAGUGGUGUAAAAUUACAGCGGAUCCGAAGCAGGAUUUACUAGCGAAAACCAUCAAAGAAAAUGCAGAAGCCGGCGCUUGAUUUUACGUUGUUUUUUUGUUUCCUCGCUGUCGCUGUCCCAUCCCUGCAACCUGUGACCGCCGAAGGAAAAGGCCGAGGCUUUGGAGACAAUAUCAACUGGAGGACUCUGGAAGAUGGGAAGAAAGAAGCUGAAGCCAGUGGAUUGCCGCUGAUGGUCAUCAUCCACAAGACCUGGUGUGGAGCCUGUAAAGCCCUGAAGCCGAAGUUUGCAGAAUCCAAGGAGAUCUCGGAGCUGGCGCACAACUUUGUCAUGGUCAACCUGGAGGAUGAGGAGGAGCCUAAAGAUGAAGCCUUCAGUCCUGACGGAGGAUACAUUCCCAGAAUCCUAUUCCUUGAUCCCAGUGGGAAAGUUCGCCCUGAAAUUGCCAACAAAAAUGGGAAUCCAAACUACAAAUAUUUCUACAGCAAUGCAGAUCAAGUUGUGGCUGUGAUGAAGGAGGCCCAGGAGAAGCUGACAGGCGACGCCUUCCGUCAGGCGCACAUCGGCGACGAGCUGUGAAGAGAGCGGGCCGCGGCGCGGCCAGACACGCUGCCCCCUCCAGACUACCGCACUGAGUAUGGCCUGCCCCCGUUCCCGCUGGCGUUAGGGCGCAUUUGCUGCAGCUGCUUUGAGGGGGAAAAUGCACCUUAAUGCCAGCGAAACUGUAUCAAACCCAUACCUUCCAAUGCACAGCGUCACGGAAGCCAAUGUAAAACCGUCCGUCUGGUACACAGACAUCACUACACCUGUGGUCCAAGCAGCCUGAAUAUUAUUAGUGAUCUGUUAUCUUUUUUUUUUUCUUGAUCAUUGUUUGUGAACGUAUUUAACUGUAUUUGUCCCUUUUAAACGCAAUGACAAUAUGAGUACUUGUAUCUGAGAAUUUCAGAAACUCCCCCUGCGGCAGAUUUGCUCAGGACUUGGAGAUGCGCAUGAAAUUAUGUUCCUGAGAUGUGUAGAAAAUAAUACCUUUUGGGUGCUUCCAGAUCCUGAAGUGCUGCUCUCUUUGUAAUUCUAACUUCAGCCUUUUUUGUAGUGGUGUGUGUGUGUGUGUGUGUGUGUGUGUGUGUGUGUGUGUGUGUGUGUGUGUGUGUGUGUG